AUGUUGACACCGGCCUUCACGUCCAGUAAGAUGAAGUCCAUGUUCGUGCUGAUGCGCGACUGUGCCAAAGAGUACGGCGACUAUUUCGCUUCCUUGCCCGCCGACCAGUCAACCUUGGAGUUGAAAGACGCAUUCACCAAGUACACAAAUGACGUGAUCGCUACUUGCGCGUUCGGCAUUGACGUCAACUCGAUGAAGAAUCCGAAAAACACAUUCUACGUGUACGGCAGAGAGGCAACCAACUUUAGUGGAAGAGCACAGUCUCUCAAGUUUUUCGCAGCGAGAAAAUUUCCAUGGUUAUGUCGAUUGUUCAAUAUCAGGAUAUUCAAGCAGAAGAUCGUCGACUUUUUCAAGGAGUUGAUAGUCAGCACGAUAAAGGCGCGAGACGAGAACGGUAUCGUUCGUCCGGACAUGCUUCAGCUGAUAAUGGACACCAGAGGGAAAUUAGGGCCAGGCAAAGAGUUGACCAUCGACGACAUAACCGCCCAAGCGUUCAUCUUCUUCUUCGGUGGAUUCGAGAGCACCGCCACUCUCAUGUGCUUCGCCGCUUACGAGGUCGGCAUCAACGACCAGGUACAGAAAAGAUUGCAAGAAGAGAUCGACCAAGUUUUGGAGGAUUGCAACGGCCAGGUUACCUACGAGGCCAUCAACAGCAUGAAGUAUUUGGAGUGUGUCAUUCUCGAGAGUCUUCGGAUGUACCCAGCGAUUGUCGGUAGCGACAGAGUCUGCUACUACCCAGAGCCGAAAAAAUUCAAUCCCGAGAGAUUCUACGACGAUCCGAAACAGAUGUCCAACUCUCUCUCGUUUCUCUCAUUUGGGCUGGGCCCCAGGAUGUGCAUCGGCAACAGAUUCGCCCUGUUGGAAGCGAAAGUUUUGCUUUUCUACGUUUUUGCAAAGUGUAAUUUUUCACCGUGCGCCAAGUCCUCCGUACCGUUGAAACUGGACUCGAAAGGAUUCGCCAUGAUACCGGAGAACGGCUUUUGGUUGAAAAUCCAACCGAGAAACGCAAAGAAAACGGAGAAGGUUGCCAUCCCAGGAACGAUAGUAAAUACCUGUUGGAAGAGCGAAAUAACAACGUAUCUGGAAAUGGAUUGGUGGUCGAUAAUAGCGGCGGUGUUGGCCAUGGUUUAUUAUCGAACCACUCGUAAUUUCAACUUCUUCGAGAAACGUGGGAUUCCGUACGUCAAAUCGAUAGUGUUUGUAGGAAGCUUGUGGGAGAUGUUUACCCAAAGAAAAGAUUUACAAUUUGAAUCCCGAGUCAAAGUAUGUUUUUUCGAGUUCGAUUCGCCUCUCUUCAUGAUUCGAGACCUCGACCUGAUCAAUUCCAUCACCGUAAAGAAUUUCGACCACUUUCUAAACCAUAGAAUGGUUUUCGAUCUGAACGUGGAGAGAAGUACGGAACAUGUUAACACCGGCCUUCACGUCCAGCAAGAUGAAGUGCAUGUUCGUGUUGAUGCGCGAUUGUGCCAAUACGGCGAUUAUUUCGCUUCCUUGUCCGUCGACCAGACAACCUUGGAAUUGAAAGACGCAUUCACCAAGUAUACCAACGACGUGAUCGCUACUUACGCAUUUGGCAUUGACGUCAACUCGAAGAAUCCGAAAAACACGUUCUAUGUGUACGGCAGGAAGCAACCAGCUUUGGAAGAGCGCACCCUCAGGUUUCUUGCAACCAGAAAGUUUCCAUAUGGUUAUGCCGAUUACUCAGUAUUAAAAUAUUCAAGCAGGAGAUCAUGGACUUCUUCAAGGAGCCAGUAGUUGGUAGCCAGUGCGAUAUUCGCCCGAGAUGA